AUGAGUUUCUUUGCCCAAUUUACCAAUCUACCCGCCAUCGCCACCGGAAAGGCCCUUCUUCUGCUUGACUUCCAGAAUGACUUUGUACGGCCGAAUGGCGCGUUGCCCGUCUCCAACACCGCCGAUUUCCUCGAUCUCUUGCCUCAGCUCGCGACCGCCUUCCGGCGCAAUGGCGAGGUCGUCUGGGUGCGUUCUCACUACCAAGAAAGACAGCCCUUGAUCAGCCCGACAGAUGCGCAGGACCUCAUCGUGCUCGGUCGCAUGGACCGAGAGACCAGAACCCAGACUCUCGACGGAGAUGCAUUCGAUCCCUCUGAUCCCUCCGCUACCGAUCGUGCCGGACCCGUUGACGAAGAAGCAUUCCUCUCCGCUGACUCUCCGCGAUGCUGUAUCCCCCAAUCGACUGGCGUGCAAUUUCCGGCUCCAAUCCUAGCUGCGAUCGACAAUGAGUCCGAUAUGUUGGUGGACAAGUUUGAAUACUCCGCUCUGCAGGAUCAAGGCCUGAUUCUUUACUUCCGCACGAGGUUUAUCACCCAAUUAUACCUCUGUGGGUCGCUGUCCAACACCUCUGUUUACGCCACAGCUCUGGAUGCCGUGCGACAUGGUUUCACGGUCACACUCAUCGAAGACUGUCUCGGGUUUCGCAGUUUUACGCGCCAUGAGGAAGCCAUGCGCCGUAUGGCCGACAUCUUCGGGGCCAAUGGCAUCACCACUCAGGAGCUAUUUCAAGAGUUGGACUGGGAGGAGACGGAAGAGAUCGCACGCAAAGGAAGCCCGCGCCCCUUGCAGUCACCGACUCCCGCUGGUAUUGAGGGUGUUUUGGAUGAACUAGAGGUAAGGCCGAGCGCCUCCCCCACGACGAAGGAGGAGAGCCCAGAAUCGGGCUCAAGCGGAGGCCGACGCCGCAGGAUUGAUGAUAUUCUUGCGGAGUUCACUGAUAACGAGGACGGAGACUUGAAAGAGCUAGCUUCCUUGGCUCGUUCGCGUGUUCGAUAUGGGGAGUCAGCCCGUGGAGCGACACCCGGUGGGUCGGGGGAGAAGAAGGUUCGUGCUCGGGUACGACGUUCAAAACGACCGGAUGCAAAGACAGAGUCUUCGUCUCGGCCCGACAAGCGACGCAGCGGCAAGUCCAAGAAAACCGAUAUAUACCGACCGGGCGACGUGAUUGGUGAGGGAGAUUCCCGCAUUAUCUAUGAUCUCGACCUGCCAUCCGAGGCUUUCGAGAAAAUCCGCGAGGAAGUGUCAUGGCAGAAGAUGUAUCAUCUGUCGGGCCAGGUGCCGCGUUUAGUGGCGGUGCAAGGCAAGGCAUCAGAUGACGGAUCAAUCCCUAUCUAUCGCCAUCCGGCCGAUGAGUCGCCGCCGCUACAACCCUUCACGGCUACAGUAAAUAAGGUCCGCGCGAUUGUAGAGCGCAUUCUCGGGCACCCGUUGAACCAUGUGCUCAUUCAACUCUACCGGGACGGGCAAGACCGGAUUUCUGAGCAUUCCGAUAAAACCCUUGACAUCGUUCGAGGUUCCUCGAUCUGCAACGUCAGUCUCGGCGCCCAGCGAGUCAUGGUUCUCCGCACCAAGAGUGCCGCAGAGGGUGGAGAAUCGGGCCGACAGACACAACGUAUCCCCAUGCCCCACGAAUCGCUGUUCAUCCUUGGAGAGAAGACAAACCGGCGGUGGCUUCACGGUAUCCGACCGGACAAGCGACCGGAGACGGAGAAGUCGACGGAGGAGCGUGCGUACGAGGGGCAGCGCAUCUCCCUAACCUUCCGUCACAUUGGCACAUUCCUCAACCCAGCUGGCGACACAAUUUGGGGCCAGGGUGCAGUGUCAAAGUCGCAAGAGCAAGCACAGCCAGUAAUCCAUGGAGGUGCGACCGAGACGGAGCGCAUCAUCUGGGCGUUUGGGCAAGAGAACCACGCGACAGACUUUGAUUGGGAGGAGGUGUAUGGAAGCGGGUUCGACGUGGUCAAUUUUGUCACGGCGGGUACAACCAAGCUCAUCCUCGGGCCGGAUGCCGUGGCCAACCUGCGGGUGCGGCUGUGCCUGAGUGAGAACGGCAUUCGCUAUGAAACCGAUUCAGUGCCUGCACGCGCCUCAGAAAACGACAUACGGCCGCUUUAUAUUGCCGCUGACGGAGCCCAAAUAGCUGGUGACGUCACCAUAUUGACCCACCUUGCGCAGCACGCCGCAGAGCUCGUGCGACCAGAGCUCGAGGCCCUACGCGGGGGAAGUCAUCUCGCGGCCAUCGACAAGCUGCUGGCCCAAUGGCGCGACUCACAACACCAGGGAACUGACGAUUACGAUUUGUCGCAGUGGGAACAGGCCCUGACCGGGCAGACCUACCUGAGCGGUGCAGGGUUUGGAAUCGAUGACUGCGCGCUAUGGCCCGUUCUGAGAGAAAUUGCGCAGUCGACAGCACUGCUCUCAGACAAGCGCUACCCGAACCUGAGCCAGUAUUAUCAGCGGGUGGGAAAACGCGGGCUGGUCAAGGCGGCGUUGGAGGAGAUGGAGUAA